AUGGCAGAAGAAGAUAAAGCCAGUUCAAACCCAGGACUAGAUACAAAAAUUUCUAAAGUCGAACAGGUGCAAGAAAUCAAAGGUAAAUCGCAAACCUCGACUUCAUUCCAUUCUGCAUUACAGACGUGGACACAAAUUGAUCUUCCUUCGCUACAAAAGAAAUUGGAUGUUCAAGGGUUGGAGUUGAAAGAUGAUCAGGCAGACUCUUUAUUACGUAGGAAAAAUUUGGCCACUAAGACCAAAGAGUUCAGAAAGUUAGAAGACCCUGACAAACUCGAUCAAAUUAAAGGAUUACUCAAGUUGUAUCAAAAUGAAAUUGACUCUUUAACAAAUAAGAAGAAAGACGUGGAGGGCUAUUUCUUUGGGUUUUACCGGUUGUUGGCAGAAGCACCGGAUCCUAGACCUCUCUUGGAAUUAUCGUUGGACGCGGUAAUCGCAUCCUCUGAGACUGAAUCAUUACGGAAGGAAGUAUCAAAAUUAAACGACGAGUUAUCAAAGAAGGCUGAUUAUGAUCAAUUGAAACAGAGGCUUUUGAGAAAUGAACAGAAAUCAGCAGAAUUGUUAAGUUCCAAGUUGCAUGCCAAAGAAGAAGAGUUCAAGGCAUUGAUUGAUGAAAAACAGAGCAAUUGGCUCGAAAAAGAGAAGAACUAUGAAAAGCAAAUGCACGAGACGAAGGCAAAAGUGGAGGAAUUAAGAACUUCCAAAGAAGUCACCGAGUUGCAAUUGACAUCGCAUAAUAAGCAGCUUGGAAGUACGGAAACGAAUGCGUCUGCUUCUGUAUUAGCAGAAUUAGAAAUAGUUUCAAGAGAUGCAGAAUCAGCUAAGAAAAGGGUAUUUGAAUUGGAAAAGAGAAAUGAAGAACUCAGACGAGAGUUAUCUAGAUCCAAGAGUGAUGUCGAAAGAAAGAAUUUGAAGGAAGAAUAUGAGAAAAAGGUUUCAGAGCUUGAAGGGGAGAAUGCUUUAUUGAUUGCUAAUUUAGAUCAGCAUAGAAAGAAAUUGGAUGGCAUAACUAAGGAAAAUGCAAACAAGACCGAUUCAUUCAAUAGAGAAAUUUCUCAAUUGACGCAGGAGGUUAAGAAUUGUAAAGAAAAGCUUGAAAAAACAGGCGACUACGACGAAAUAAAGCGUGAAUUGUACUUAAUAAGACAAAUUGAAUUCGGACAUGACGAAGAUGGUGUUGAAGAUGGGGCCGAUUCUGACGGAACCGAUAAUAACCGCAAGCAAAUUGAUUCGCUCUUGAUUCAAAGAAAUAAAACCUUAACUCAGGGAUUGGCCGAUUUCAGAUCUCAGCAUGAGGAUUUAACUAACAGAAUCAACCAUUUGGAUUCUAAGCUUACUAAGGCAAAUGAAGAAUUAGUCAAGGCGCAGGAGUUGAACCAAAGGUUAGAAAAUGACUUAGCAGGUGUGCAAGACGGACAAAAGUUUAACGACAACAUGAGCAUGAUCUCAGGCGUGAGUAGAAUAACCCCAGGGCGUCCGAAAAAUGGAAGUAUUGCAUCUUUAAACACAGUCGGCUCGUCACCUGCGGGUGAUGUGUCAUCCAUAUUACCAAUAAUUACCAAACAAAGAGACAGAUUUAGAGAUAGGAAUAAUGAGUUGGAAGAUGAUCUCAGGAAACAGUACAAUAUUGUUAGCGAUUUGAAGAGACAAAUGAACAGCCUUAAGAAAGAUAAUGAGGAAUUAUAUGAAAGAACUAGAUAUUUGGCAUCCUUCAAGAACAGCAAUAAUAGUGGAUCAACAGAGACCCAGUCAUUUAGCUCCAGAACAUCUAAUAGAAGACUUCUCCAGCCUAAACCAAAUUCAAUUGAUCUUGAGCGCAACCCAUACCAAGAAACGUACGAAUCCAAAUUGCACCCCAUCGAACAAUUUAGAGUCCGCGAACAGGAAAGAAUUAGUUCAAAGCUUUCCCCAAUAGAGCGAUUAUUUAUUUCACUUACAAGAGCAAUUCUUGCUACUAGAACUACCAGAAUGCUAUUUAUGGUAUAUUGUUUCGGCCUACACUGUAUUGUUAUGUUUAUAACAAUUUAUGCUAUGGGCUUAAGUACCCGAAUGAUUCCAGAAGUGGGUAUGAAUAACAGUACAGGCGGAGUUGCAAACGGAGUCGCAGGAGGCCCUGAUUCCAUAGAUAAUGUAACUGAAGCUAUUCCUUAG